AUGGUCACCGACACAUAUCCUUACGGCUACGACACAAACGUUCCGUCAAUAGUUACAGAGAUAUGCUCCAGUAGGACGAACAACCAACCGACCACUCUUUCAAAUUUCUUUGACAUUCAAUGGAGACGAUAUAUAACUCAGAUUGAUUACAACCAUAUCAUUGAUAACGGGUCUACAUAUCUUGCGGGGGCAUAUCGGCCUCUGCAGAGCGUAAUAUUGAACAAUGCCAUCGAAUCUGUGGAGGGGUUGAUAGUUGACACCGUGAAUGGGGGCAUCGGCUUCCGCAAUCAUACCGUUCCUUCAGGUGUUUUCGCCAACGGCGGCUCCUCUCCUGGUCCAAACAGAAGCACCUUCGUUGAGAACGUCGCCUUGACUGACCCAGGGGGUUUCGUAAACCUCGGCCAUCCAUACCCAGAACCAAACCAAAGCAAUCCUACGACAGAUGCACAGCUGUGGAUGCGAGCGUCCAAGGCUGAAUACAUGAGUAACGGUAACUCCACGUUCUACUAUAACGUAUCCAACCCCGCGGAUGAACCAGAGGUAGGCAUGAAAGCCUUCUCAUAUGUUGACUCCUAUGUCGGCAAGACAUUUCCGGUGCAGACCGCUACGGCCAGUAGUGCUUAUGACUCGCUCAGCACUGACCAAUACUUUUCUGACUUCUUCAGUCUGCUCCUAAACCAUUCAAGCUCCCAAAGCCCACAUACGAAACCGCCGCCGAAUCCAUUCGGCAUUAACAGCACCCCGUGGCAGGAUCUCGAGGAUCUGUGCAGCCGGUACUACGGCAACGACAAUACCUAUAUCAACAAUGGCACCAAUAGCCUUCAAAACCUUAUCGUCACGGACAUCCUUGACAAACUGUUUACUAGUGACACUGAUAAACCCAUCUGGGGCCUCAUUUCACAAAAAUUUGAGGAUCAUCGGAACGUGUCGUCGCUCGGUAUGAGUUUCUCUAUUUGCCAGGAAUCAACAAUAGCAUUGGUAUCACAAAACCUUAUCUGGACGGACUAUGCUGCCUCUGUUGUUACUGGGACGAAGGAAGUUCUUGGGGCUGGAAACUCUGGAGUGCAGAACACUUCAAUCGCCGUGACACCCCUCGUGAGAAGAGUCUGUUAUCAGCUCCUUUAUGCCCUUCCGGCCCUGAUUACUGGAUUCAUUUUAAUUCUAUUCUCAGGUGUUGCCUUAGGGCUGUCUGUGCUUUCUCCAAUAUCCAUCGCGACCAUCCCCGGGCAGAUUAAUCUCGCUUCGACGGGAAGAAUACUCACCACGUGUCUGUAUCCUCAACAGUGCGAUAUAUAUGCUCAAGUCGUGAAUGGAGCAGAAGCAUGGGUAAAACCAUUGUUGAAUUUCCAAAAGAUCCAAGCUAUGGGGUGGAAUUGA